CCAAGAGUUUCGAUCAUGGUCUAUAGCCUGCGAUCAUGCUGAUUGUGGACAUGUUAACCCUGGCUUUGGCAAAUGAGCCGAUAUGCGGUGGCAAAAUGAGAGCGAGUGGGGAUAGUGCAACGAUUGGUGGCGCAGGAGGAGCACAAUCAUCGCUAACGGUGGUGGCCAAUACAAGUGGCGGUGGACUAGGCCAAAACUUGGGGCUUUCUGGCCACUUAGCAUGCGAGGCACGCGGCUCACGCGGCAAUGUUGCUGCCGAGCAUGGCGAGGUGCGUCAGCAAUGCCACUCGGCGAUAGAUGGAUUGGAGGCGCGUGCGCGUGCUGAAUACACUGGCAACAACAAGGGCAGUGGCAGCAACAACAACAGCAGCAACACUGGGGGCCAUAAUAUCAGCAAUACUAGCUGCAACAGCAGCAACAGCAGCCAAACUAGCUGCAACAACAGCCAAACUAUCUGCAACAAUAGCACCUACGAUAGCAACAAUAGCAGCAACAACUCAUGCAACACUAUCAGCAACAACAACACCCACAACAGCAACAAUAGCAGCAACAACAGCAGCAAUAUUAACAGCAACAUCGACAACUCUGGCGACAAAACAGCAACGGAAGUGGCCACGAAAUGUGAGUACGCGCAACUCGAGCGUGAGAGGCAGAGCGUGAGCGCAGGCGCAUACCUGCAACCACCCAAUGUGACAACCAGCAACAACAACAUCAACGGGAGCAAUUCAAACGGCAGCAACACCAACAACAGCAACAGCGCCUGCUCAAUACCUACAAUUGGCAGUGAGCUUUUCAAAGCCAACCUUGUGGCAGCAGCACCAGCAGCAGUCGUCGCAGCUGAGCAGCAGAGGCAGCAGCUACAACCGUCAACCAGCAGCAAUCAUUCAACGUUUUCUGGCCAAAACUUGUGCAAAUUAUUAGAUUCCAGUGAAAAAUCAGUGGAAAUCAAUUGCCCAAGCCCUAGUGGCGCACUUAAAUCGUUGAAAAGGAGCGAUAGACCAACGGAAAAGUCGAAAAUCGAAGCCGAAGCUGGCGACGACAGCAGCAGCAGCAGCAGCAACACCAACGACGACGACGACAACGACAACGGCAACUUCGACAACGACGACGCGCGACGUACAGAAAAAUUUGUGCAAAAAGCCAGGCAAAGCGCGUUGUCUGCUCGCGGGCUAGAUAAUUUUUUUAACGCCAGUGAAAAUGUGCAAAGUGCCAAGGUAAAAGAAAUACCAGCAGCAGCAACAGUAACAGCUACAGCAGCAAUCUUAAGCUCGAAAAAGGAGGAGCAGCAGCAGCAGCAGCAGGAGGAGGAGGAGGAGCAGGAGGAGGAGGCGGGGCAGGCGCCAUUGUCAUUGCCAUAUUCACAGAACCCCUACCCAAACCCAGGCCCAAACCCCUAUCCACAUCCCCACCAGUUCCACAACUCAUCCUUGACUGGACGUGGUGUUGAUAAUGUCGCUGGCAUUGCUGCUGUCCGCCCACCACAAAGUUGGCCUGUUGUUGUUGCUGGCGGUUACGUGGAUUACGUGAAAAGCAACGCAGCUACAGCAGCAACAUGCAACAACCAGCCAGCAGUGAGUGCAACAUCCGAGGAGAAGCUCAUCGAUUGUGAAUCCUUGGUGGGCCAUACAUCAGCAACAUCUGCAGCAGCAGCAAUUGCAGUAGCAACAAGCUGCAACGAGCAGGAUCUCAUCGAUUUUGAGCACGAUUUGGGUGAGGAUUUUGUGGCCAGCCAGCGAUUGAAGCGAUUGCAAUACAAUUUUCAGGGACGCGUGGCCAGUAGUAGUAACAUUGAUUGUGUAAAGGCAUCCUUGAGACCACAACAACAACAAGAACAACAUCAGCAGGGGCAGGAGCAACAAACAAUAAGCAUAACAAAGAAACUACCCCCAGAAGCGGACCACCAACAACCCCAACUUCAAGGAACCCCCAACCAACCAACUCAAGACCAAGACAAUAAGGCGAUUGCAGUCGUUACAGCCGAUCCAAGUGCAAUUCAAUUAAAUGUGAAUGGCAUUCGAGCAAUCGGGCAAUUGCCAAAUGAAAGCGAAACAACAGCCCCAAAGACCAGACAAACAGCUGAAAAUCGCCAGGAGCAACAUUUGCUGAAUACGCGUUGCGAGUUGCCAGUGCGCAGGAUCGAAAAGGAGCAGGAGCAGGAGCAAAAGCAGGAGAGGAGCAGCGACCAAGUGGUGAUUGAAAUCGAAACGGAUUGCGAGGAGGAGGAGGAGAGGUUGCCCGAGGAGUGCCAGGACUUGAGGCGCUCUGCCUUUGUGCCCGCACAGCCCAGUUGCAAAUCGUCGUCGGAGGCCGGUGAUUUUGGGCCAUCGCUCAGCGAGUUCGAUGUCCAGCGUUUUAGCGAGUAUCUAAAGGCCGCCCGCCAACUGCAGUGGCGCCACCUUAACCCCAACUUAACCCAUAACCCACACCUUAACGGCAACGGGGAAGAGCAAACCGGCACCAGUAGUUUUCAGUGCUACGACGAAUUGUUAGCUGAGUUUGUUAGUGAGCAACAGGAGUACGCAUACGUUUACGAUUAUAAUAAUAGCAAUAGCAAUAGCGAUACCAAUUCCGAUUCCGAGGAGGAGGACAACCAAAGCGAUAGGGAUAGCGAUAGAGCCUGCCAGUGCCAUGAGUGCCUAGUUAGCCAGGAGCAGACCACGUCCACUUGCGCCACACAAAUCCCAGGAGUUCUACUACACCAUCCAGCCCAUCCAGCUCAUCCAGCUCAUCUGACCCAUCCAAAUACAAAUACGCAGCCAAUUCCAAAUCCCACCCACCUGAUCAACGGCUAUAAGAUGCGCGAGGUCAACGGUCAGCUGCGCGGCCUGCUCAAGAAGCCAAACAGGCCGCCGCCGGCGCGCAAGAAUCGCGUCGUCUUCGAUGAGACGCGCAACGAAUUCUUCGAGGCCGACUAUAUAAUCCUGAUCCGCGAGGACUGCGCCUACGACGAGGAGGACGAGGAGCCCUGCACCUGCGGCGAGCACGAGCUGGUGCGGCUGUGCUGCGAGGAGGGAUGCCAGUGCAACUACGCCGUCAAUCCCGCCGAGGCGGUCGAGGGCAGGACGCCACAGAGUCCCAAAUUCCAGCCGCCAAUUGAGUUUGUGGACGAUGCGGCACUCAGUCCGCCCGAUGGCUACAAGGACAGCAGUCUGAAGAACACGCUGGGCGGCGCCCUGAGCGGUCACAUCUUUGGGGCGCAGCACCUGCAGCAGUUGCAGGUGAUUCAGCGGCUGCAGCAGCAGCGUGCCGCAAUGUUGGCCGCCCGCAACACCACAAGCGGUCAGAUACCGCCCCCGCCCCCGCCCAUCGGCACUGCCCAGCAGCAGCAGCAGCACCAGCAGCAGCAACAACAGCAACAGCAGCAGCAACAACAGCAGCAGCAGCAACAGCCACAGCAACAACAGCCACACCAGCAACCUCAUCAUGGAGCAGCACUGCAGCAGCAACAGUCGGAGGAGGACCUCCAGGGCGUUUGCACCGAGUGUGCCGAGUGCGCCGAAUGUGCGGCCAAGCAGCUCCAGGAAGCAGAAUGCAGCUCCCCUCAGUGUCCCGAGGAGAUGACUCCGCUCGGAGUGCCCGCCGUAGCCAUUCUGCCACUCCACACCAGUUCCCCGGAGCGCCGAAUCACCCAGAAGGAGAUCAUCGCCGGCGAGGAGCGGCCCAAAUAUGUGCUGCAGUCCCAGUACAAGCCAUCACCCACAGCAGUGGUCAAGGCUAGAAGGGAGUCGGGCAGUGGGAAGGCCAGUUCUGGAUCCGCCUCCGGUUCCAGUUUCGCCUAUGGGUCAGCAACCCAAGUCCCGGUCGCGUUCCCUGUUCCGGCCAUCAGUAGCUCUUCGAAAAAUAAACGAUUUGUUGUUGAAACCAUUACCACUAUGACCACAGUGACCGAGCGCCGAAUCAUCCGGGAGGCGAACGAAGAUGUGGCGACCGCUGGUAGCGUUUCCGGUCCCGCCCCUGCACCUGGUACUGGUACCGCCUCGCCUGCCGUUGGAGCUGCUGUUGCGAGUGGACCGGAUAUGCUGCCGCCAGCCCUGCCGGCCAAGGCCAGCGCCACAGCAGCAGCGGCCGCCGCAUCAGCCGCCGCUUCAGGAGUGGUGAAUGCAUCAGAGCAACAGCCUUUCGAGUCCCAGAAACCGCCACCUAUACCGCCGAAGGAGACCUCGCCCACGCAGAUCAGUGGCAUCCUCAAGGGCGGCAAGCUAUGGAAGCAGGAUUCCAUCUCUCAGCAGUCGGAUGAUCAGAAUAACACCACAUCGGAGGACGAGAGUGGUGCCACAAAGCGCUCGGUGAGGUUUGUCACUGAGGAUCAGGCGAAUGCCGGCACUGAUAGCGAUGCCCAGUCCUUGGCUGGCGAUCUGGAUGACAGCGAGAACCAGAUCAACGAGCUGAUCCCAAUCAAAAAGCACUCGACACUGUUUAACAACGCUUUGCGGCCCAACUCGGCGGUGCGUCAGCUCUUCCCGAGCGUCUCGGCCCACCAGGCGCCAGUGCUCACCUCGGAGGCUCUAAGGGCAUUCGAUGAGUCCAAGCGGGCCGGCUGCCUGGUCACCCACCUGCCAGGAAGCUGUGGCGACUCCGACACCCUGCGCCGCAGCAUGGAGCGCAAUAUACUGCGCCGAUCACUGAUCAAGAAAAAGGCCGUAAAGUCGGACAUCUCGCUGGAGGAGCGCAUCAAGCAGCUGACCUGUGACAUCGACGAGGAUCUAGCCGAGGAACUGCAGCGGGCUGUGGACGAGGACGCCGAGGCGGCCGCCGAACGGGCCGAUGAGCUGGCCCAGCGCAACAGUCCCGCCGGCGAAGAGAAUCCCAAUCCGGUGCCCGGUUCCGGUUCACUGGCCCACAAGUUUGUCAAUGGCGAGAAGAGCUUCUCGCCGAGCAGCUCGGUAUCGAGCUCCUCGAGCGGAUCGUCGGCCUACAAGAAAAUCGCAGAUAUUUUUAAUCGUGACAAGAAGCAGGAGAAGAUCAUGGAGAUGGAGGAAAAUCCCAUUGUCAUUAUACCACAGGAGUGUCGUUGUCCGGCUGCCCCUGACUUGGGCAUGGGCAUCCAGGUGCCGGUGGUGCACACGCAGAUCCAUCGCACUCCGCCCCGCCAAACGGAGCCGAAGCGCCAGUUCCUCUCCUCCACAUUGGCCCCCCUGACAGCCUGUGUGGCCGGGAACAAGGAUGACCUCUCCUCGUACUACACAUUAGCCGCUGCAGCCGCCGCUCAUCCGCAUGCCCAUGGCCACGCCCACACGCAUGCGCAUGCCGCCCACUAUGCCGCCGCCGCUGCGGCCGCUGAUUUCAAUAUGGGCCAGCUUCUAGGAGCGGCUGCAGCAGCUGCCGCCUCUGGAGAUCCGGCUGCACAGCAUGCAGCUGCGAUGGCAGCUCAGGGUUUGGCCCAAGGAUUGGCCGCUGCAGGAGGAGGAGGAGUAGGUGGAGGAGCAGGCGGUUUAGCUGGGGAGGAUGCCCGCAAGGUGGCGCCAGAUGUGAUUGCCGGCACACCGGGUCAGGAGGUGGCCGGGCGGCAGGAGCAGGACGAAUUGGCCGCCUUUGCCCAGGCGGACGCCAAGCGGACCGAGCAGCUCAAGAAGCGGUACACGGGAGCGGGCUCGGAGCCCAGCCAAUCGCAGGCCAGCAGCGAUGAUGACGAGCAGAACGACUAUGGCUUCAACAAGCGACCCUCGGUGCGCGGCAUCAAGCCCAAGUUCAGUUCGACCAAUGAGAUCCUGGCCCAGAUGCAGGAGCAGUUGAGUGCGGCAAUACCCACGGUGGUCAAUAGCCAGCCGGUGCAGCAUGCGGUCAAGGGUUAUGCCAUGCCCAAUACGCUCAAGCAGAAUCCCUCGCCGCAGAAUGUGCCACAGAAUGUGCAACAGCAGCAGCAGCAACAGCAGCAGCAGCAGCAGCAACAGCAACAGCAGGCCCACCAGCAACAUCAGCAGCAGUUGCAGCAACAGAUGGCCGCCGCCAUGCAAAAAACGGAGCAACGAACGUGGAGCUUCUACAGCGAGACCGGCGAGCAGCAGCGCUUCCCCAUGGAUGCGGCCUCCAUCCAGCAGACCUACUACCAGACCCUGCCCGCCGGCACCAUGUUCCGCCAGACGAUGAUCCAGCAGGGAGCCACGGCUGCCGGCGGUGCCGAUGAUGCAUCACUUUUGUAUGCCGCCGCUGCCGCUGCCCAAAAUUGCCAGAGUGUCACCGCCACGGGCACAGCCACCGCUACCGCCACGGCCAUCGAGCAGAGCAAGCACAGCAGCUACAGCAGCCACUUUGCCCGCAGUCCCACACGGCGGCCGGAGUCGCCGCCACCGUUGCGCAACUAUCACCAGACCAUGGUCCUCAUCCCGUACAACGCGGAGACCUACUCCCAGUUCGCGACCAGCAACAGCGGCGAUCCCAAGCUGGCGCACAUUCAGCGCCAGAAUAUCCUCGAGUACCAGCAGGUUACCCAGCAGACGAUUCGUGUGCCCAUUGGCUACGCCCUGCCCGGCAUGCAGUUGCAUGUGGUCAGUGGGCGUGGCCAUGCCGCCCACUACGCCCAGCACCAGCAGCAACACCAGCAACAGCAGCAGCAGCAACAGCAACAACAGCAGCAACAGCAGCGCCUGAUGCAGGGACACUAUCAAUUUGGACCCGAGGGCGGGAUGCCAGGAUUCAGUGAGCGCGGAGUGCCGGAAGGAGCGGCCGCCGUAUCGCACAGCGACUGCAAUGCCAUGGUGUCGCCGACGUCGGCGGCAGCAGCAGCGGUACAGCAGCAACAGCAACAUCAGCAGCAGCAGCAGCAACAGGCCGCUGGAGGAGUGGGCGUGGGCGCCCAGGCUCAGGGAUCCGUGUACUAUGCGAUGAACGUAUGACCCGCGCUCGAAUAGUCGCUGCCAGCGGCGGUCAUUGUCGAGCGCCGCCAGUGUCAACUUGUCGAAAUGUCAGCGACUUCAGUGCAUUUGGGGAGCGGCGGUAUGGGCGGCAGAUGAGCGCCCGCCCCGCCCAGUUCCGAGUUUGAGUCCUCGAGUUCCCAUGAGUCCCAUCCGCUGAUUUGAGUUGCCCCUCAGUUGACCCUAGCGAGCGUUUUUGAAUCAGUUCGAUCUUUCGUUUAGCAAGUGUAUCUGUUUCCGCAUCAGUAUCAUUAUCAUUAUCCGUAUCCGUAUCCGUGUUGUCUGUAUCUUUGUGUCACAAAUAUUCGAAUAUGUCAUUGUCACAGAAAUCACUUGUGGUCAAAAGGUAUGCCAAAAUGUAUUUCAAGUCAGAAAGACCAAUGGAUAUGUUUCACAGCAUACUUUUCAAGUGAUUUAUAUGGUACCCCCACUAAAAAGAGCUGCAUCUAUCUUAAGUUCAUUGUAAACGGUGCAGCGGUGCAAUUCAGACUGCCGCUGCAACGUUUACAACUCGUUUUACGAACUAUCCAAUGUGUUUCGCUCAACGUUAUGCAAUACUCCAAAAAGUACUCUUUAAGUUGAGCCUUGUCGUAGAGGACCUUAUUUCAUAGUUAUUAAUAUUUAGUCAAGUGUGGUAAAGAAGAGAUGAAAAUCUAAACCAAAAUACAACCAAAUCACAUGAAUUUAUUUCGAGCAUAUACAUACAUGCUGGGUGCUAGUAAUGCAACAACAACAAGAAUAACAACAAACACAACAAAAACCAAGAAGAAAUGAAUUAAGCUAUGAAAACUAUAUUUAACAAAGUUAAACAUAAAACAAAGAUAUGUAAUACUAUUUUUUUUAAUUACCUUUUUUUUGCUGUUAGCCAAGAAAACAGAGUUUUGCUCAAUGGAAAGUGCAUUUGAUUUUGAACGCAUCUAUAUAAAAAUACAUUAUUAUAUAUCUACAUACGCGAAUGCUAAACUAAAUUAUACAUAAUUAAAUUAUAUUGAAUUGAAUUGAUAUUAUAAAAUAUUUCCAAUGUAGUGCAAUUUGUUGCUAACUCCAAAAGCUCUCUUAUCAAAGAGUAUUAUAUUUAAACAAAUAUAUAUACAUAUAUAUAUAUAUUUUAUGAGCAUCAAAAUUAUAGGAAUAUUUUUAGGCUUAGGCUUUAUUUAUAUGGAAUUUAAUUUAAAUUUAUUUAUUUGUUCUUUAUGUACAAUAAAUUUACAAUUUUUAACAAUGCUUUAAUUUCUUACGCUUAAGAAAUGUACCGUCAUGUUGAAACAUUAUGUAUGUACAAUCUAUAGGCGAACAAAUCUAAAUGUACGUAUGUAUGUUUUGUAUGCUACAGUUUGUUUGGGUUUCAUUUUGUAGAUCGAUCAGCCUGCAUCGCAUUCCACAUUCCAGACCUAUCGAGAUGUUCCUGAAACGAAGCGCUGGGUGAUUUCAAGACAACGGUGCCCAGAAGUAUGCAGUAUUGUUUUACUUGGCAUACUUUUGGGCAGUCAAAAGUGUUGUUCUCAAAUCUCCAGGCAUUUCUAAACAUCUCAUAUCGCCUUUCUCCCGAAGUGAGAGCAUCAGUGCCAAAAGCUUGCAUCCCAAAAACCUCUCUCAAUCAUCCCAUACCUUCCAGUCAUUCCAUCUAGUUGAUAAAGAUACCAUAUAAAUCGUGCAAUCAUAAGAAAAAUGUUAGAAGUUACACAAAACUCAUGUUGAUCUGGAGAUAAUAUCGUAUCUCUUCGAUAUAUAAAUUUACACACACAAACAUACGCAUAGAUGUAAGUGCAUUUAUGCACACUCCCCGCAUGCGAAACAUUACGAUGAUAUACUGACAUAUAUAAAGUAUGAAUAUUGUAUUUCGAUUCAGAUAUUGUGUUAAUGUCUAUAACGAACAUAUUGAAACUAUUGAAAGCAAACACGAAUUAAGCAGUGCAAUAAUGUUAAAGUGGGAAUUACCGCUGACCGGAAACGGAAGCAGAAAAUGAAAAUCAAGAAGAAGACAACGCAAAGUCCGUGAGAGCGUGCAAGCGAGAUAGAUAGAUUGUCGGCCAGUUAGACAGAGACGGAGAUAACCGACGAACAAAAAGAAUGACAGAGAUAGCGCGCAUAACGAAACAAUUUAGUCAUAGAUUUAAACAAAAAAAACACAUACAUUUACACAGCGAUUAACGAUUAACUAUAAACAAUAACUAAAGCGUGGUCUUAGGUGUUCGAUAUUCAAUUUUUUUAUUCUUCGGUUCGGUUUUCUUUCUUUUUUACGGUUCCAAUGAGAGAUUCCGAUACCGAUACUAGAAAUGACUAGAAAACGCAGCGCGAUUUGCAUAAUAUAUAAAUACAUUUAGAGCCAGAUAGCGAGCGAGAGUAAAGCGAUAAAUUAUAAAUAAAUAUAUGUAUAUAUAUACAUACAGGCAUACAUAUAUACAUGGAUAUAUAAUAGAUGUUUAUGUAAUACAUAAAUGGCAUUGAACGAUUUCCAAGCACAUUGCAAAAGCCCCCCAAAUUCAAAAUCGCAUGAAAUUCCCCCGUACUCUUUUGUGUUUCACUCCAAAUGUAACUCGAUUUUUUCUAUGCAAAAGUAGUUGAAAAUUAUAUAAUUAAAAACCGAUAUACAUAUAUUUAGACACUUACAUCGAUAGUAUCCUAUUCGAAUGAUUUCUUUGAGAUGUUGAGUUGCGCUUUUGGACAUGCAGAAAGUUAAGAUAGAACAACAACAGAUAUUGUGUAUGAAAUAAUAUAAAUAAGAUCGGAUAUUAAUGCCCCAACAUCACGAUAUAUGGAUGUGGGGCGGACAACAACAAAUCCAAAAUAAGAAAAAGAAACAAAAACCAAAAAAAACAACAACCAAGAUGAUGUAAGCGAUGGAUCGAUGUGUGAAUUGAUGCGAACGGCACAAGUAUAUAACAAAUUUCAACAAGUAUAUGACUGAGCCAAUGACUCAAAAAUAAAUUUUAAACAAAAAGGAAAACCAGAAAUAUAUGAGAUAUAUAAAAAUGAU